CUACAAUGUUCUAGUAAACAAACAAUAGGGUCUAGUGUAGGAGGGUGAGCUAUUUCUCGUCUGUGGCCUCCUUUUCAUAAUCACAAUGAGGUAAUCUAAAGAUGCUGAGAAAAGCUGAUGGCGCCAAAGGAAACAGUUUGGAAUAGCAGCUUGGGAAUGCCCUGUAACAACAAUGUUUCCCCUUGUGAACGGCUUGAGAGAAGGCACCCCCUUAACCAUUAUUUGUAUCCCCAAUGUAUCUGCAGGAGCUCAAUAAACGAUAGACUAAAUGAAUGAAUGAACAGAGGAGGACGAGGCAGCGAGUCUGAGGAGGAUGUGGAGGCGAUAAAAUCCCAGAGUCCAGCCGAGAGGCAGUAACCGUCAACAGCACCUAAAAAGUUCACAAUCGAGGGCUAGGAGCAAGAACAACUCCCGUAUUUGGCCCAGUCCAAAAUCCUGCUGUUAGGGGGCGGGACUAGGAGGAGGGCAUAUUCCACUUCUGCCCGUCAACUGACCAAUCACCGCCUCAAAGGGGCGGGACUUCAUUCUGUCCCCGCCCUUUCCUCUGGAAAGUAAAUACGUUCGGGCACCGUUCAAACAGACCAAUGGGUGCCGGAUGUUUCCUGAGGUUGCUCCUCAAGAUUGGCCGGAAUUCGUCGUCCCGCCCUCCUUGUCACGCUUUUUGCCCCACCCUUUCGCACACAAGAUGGCGGCGCCCAGCGGAAUAGAGGCCGCGUUUGGGGUUUGCUGAAGCUGACUCCCUUUCCCACUGCCCCUUUGGACGCAAAGAGCCGCGAGCCCCGAGGACAGGGGCCGGGCGGGGACAGCGGUUCCUGCGUAGCUGGACCGCGAGCCCGCGCCCAGCCUGCGCCGCCCCCACCCGGCCCCGGCCCGAUCCCAUCCGUUCCCGGUCUCCUCUCGGUCUGACCCACUGCCCGGCCGUGGUUCGCCACCACCAGGCCUCCAAAGCUGAGAUAUCUCCUCCAGCCCGGGCUCACCUCCACUUUAGAGAUGUUUGGCCUCUUCCCUUCCAAACGGGCCGCAUUCAAAACCGGGGCUCCUGGACCAGCACCUGGUCUCCUUUCCCUCCACUGAGACUCCACUUCGCUCUAACCCACUCCUUCCUCUGUUUCUUGAUUCUCCCUGGCUCGGAGACUGCCUCACUUCCCUUCCAAAUUAAUCUCCGACGCCCCCAAAUAUUAUUAACCUUGACACCCUCCUCAACCGGGAGUCAGACUUCCUUUUGGAUUAACCUCCACAGUCCUAUCAUGGAGGCUGUGUACCUGAUAGUGAAUGGGGUGGGCCUUGUGCUGGACCUGCUGACCUUGGUGUUGGAUCUCAACUUCCUGCUGGUGUCCUCCCUCCUGGCUUCUCUGGCCUGGCUCCUGGCCUUCGUCUACAACCUGCCACACACGGUACUGACUAGUCUUCUGCACUUGGGCCGCGGAGUCCUGCUUUCACUGCUGGCCUUGAUCGAAGCCUUGGUCCGGUUCACCUUUGGGGGCUUGCAGGCCUUGUGUACUCUGAUGUACAGCUGCUGCUCUGGCCUGGAGAGCUUAAAGCUCCUGGGGCACCUGGCCUCUCACGGGGCACUGAGGAGCCGGGAGAUACUGCACCGGGGUGUCCUCAACGUGGUCUCCAGUGGCCAUGCUUUGCUGCGCCAGGCCUGUGACAUCUGUGCCAUUGCCAUGAGCCUGGUGGCCUACGUGAUCAACAGUCUGGUCAACAUCUGUCUCAUUGGCACUCAGAACCUUUUCUCCCUGAUGCUGGCCCUGUGGGAUGCCGUGAUGGGGCCGCUGUGGAGGAUGACGGACGUUGUAGCUGCCUUCCUAGCCCACAUUUCCAGCAGUGCUGUGGCCAUGGCCAUCCUCCUCUGGACCCCCUGCCAACUAGCACUGGAGCUCCUAGCGUCAGCUGCCCGCCUCCUGGCCAGCUUCGUGCUUGUCAAUGUCACCGGCCUGGUGCUGCUGGCUUGUGUGCUGGCGGUGAUGGUGACCGUGUUGCACCCGGACCUCACUCUGAGACUGGCCACCCGGGCACUCAGUCAGCUCCAUGCCCGGCCAUCCUACCACCGGCUGCGAGAAGAUGUCGUGCGGCUAUCUCGCCUGGCACUGGACUUGGAGGCCUGGCGCCGAGUCUGGAGCCGCAGCCUGCAGCUGGCCACCUGGCCGAACCGGGGAGGGGCCCCCGGGGCUCCUCAGGGUGGCCCGAGGAGGGCGCCCUCGGCCAGGACCUGGCGACAGGACACUCUUCCUGAAACAGGGCCCAGAUCAGAGGCAGAAGAGGAGGAGGUCGGGACGGUCAGAGCAACAGCUGCCCGCGGCCGGGAGAGGCUCAAUGAGGAGGAGCCCGUAGCUGGGCAAGACCCAUGGAAGUUGCUCAAGGAGCAAGAGGAGCGGAAGAAGUGCGUCAUCUGCCAGGACCAGAGCAAGACGGUGCUGCUGCUGCCCUGUCGGCACCUGUGCCUGUGCCAGGCUUGCACUGAAAUCCUGAUGCGCCACCCCAUCUACCACCGCAACUGUCCACUCUGCCGCCGGGGCAUUCUGCAGACCCUCAAUGUCUACCUCUGAAGACUCCUUCCCUGUCUGCCCACCCGUCUGUGCUCCAUGAAGCCACCUGUGCUAGGACAGCUUUAACACCCGACCUCUCGGUUUCCGGC